GCUGUUGGAUGCCGUGUGGACCAUACACUUUAUGAAAGCACUCAAACAUGUCACUGCUUUGGAGGAAGAAAGCAAGAAGCAUCUUGUGAACUUGCCCGGAAGAGCAAUAAACAUUUGAAGUCAAUAUAAUUUUGAUACAAAAACAUUUAUCAGUACCACACCAUAUACCUCAUUACAAGCUACUACUUGCUUACCCUUUGUGAGAAAUCUGAGUUGAGUGCAAACACAAACUACAAACCACUUCCUUGUUCCAUACUUUCUUGAUCUUGUGAACAUGGCUGCAGAACUUGUUGGAGGAGCUUUUCUCUCUUCUUUCCUCAAUGUUCUUUUUGACAGGCUGGCCAAUGAUAAGUUUGUCAACUGGAUCCGAGGAAAGAAGCUUGACCAGAAUCUGCUUGGAAGGUUGGAGAAUAUUUUGAACGUGGUUGAAGCUGUGCUGAAUGAUGCUGAGAAGAAACAGAUCACUGACAAUGCUGUCAAGAGGUGGGUCAAAAAUCUUCAAGAUGCUGUCUAUGAUGCUGAUGACUUGUUGGAUGAAGUAUGCACCAAAGCUGCCACUCAGAAGGAUCCAGGUAACUUCCUGUCUCAUAUCUUCAAUUCACAAGAUAGGGAUAUGGCUGUGACUAGGAUUGAAGAAGUCAUUGCUAGAUUAGAGGAUAUUGCGAAACACAAAGAUAUCCUUGGUCUGGAAAAGAUUGCAGCGAAGAACAUGUCAGGGAGGAUUCCAUCAACCUCACUAGUUAAAAAAUCUGAUAUGUUUGUUGGCAGGGACAGAGAGAGGGAUACCAUAGUGAAAUUGUUGUUAGAUGAUACUAAAGAUGGUGAAAUAUCUGUGAUUCCCAUCGUGGGCAUGGGUGGGAUAGGAAAAACUACUCUGACAAAAUUGGUUUAUAAUGAUGUCAGAGUGAAACAAAAAUUUCAUGUUAAAGCAUGGGUUUGUGUUGGUGAGGAGGAAUUUGAUGUUCUUAAGAUGACAAAAAUUGUGAUAGAGAAAACUGGUAGUUCUUGUCACUCGAAUGAUUUAGAUACAGUUCAAAAUCAUUUGAAGGAUAAGCUAGAAGGGAAGAAAUUCUUGGUUGUUGUAGAUGAUGUAUGGAGCAGUAAUCGUGAGGGUUGGGAAAGUUUUCUAACUCCUUUUGAAUGUGGAAGUGAGGGAGGUCAUAUUCUUGUAACAUCCCGCCUUAAUUCAGUUGCUUCUAUGGUGAAAACUAAUCAUAUUCAACCUCUCAAUUUGAGUUUGUUGCAUGAGGAAGAUUGUUGGUUAGUGUUUGCAAAACAUGCAUUUUUUCCUACUGAGUCUAGAGACCGUUCCGCUCUAGAAAUUAUUGGUAGAAAAAUUGUUCAAAAGUGUAAAGGGUUACCUUUGGCUGUCCAAACACUUGGGGGCUUAUUAAGGACAAAAGAUCAUGAGAGGGAAUGGAUUGAUGUUUUGAAUAGCGAGAUUUGGGAGUUUUCAGAAGAUGAGAGUAGUAUUCUUCCAGCAUUAAGAAUUAGUUAUUACUAUCUCCCUUCGUACUUAAAACGUUGCUUUGUUUAUUGUUCUUUAUACCCAAAGGAUUACGAAUUCAGAAGGGAGGAACUGGUGUUAUUGUGGAUGGCAGAAGAUCUUUUGCAGCAACCAAAGAGUGGCAGCAGUUUAGAAGAAGUUGGUUAUAAAUAUUUUACUGAUUUAGCUUCAAGAUCAUUUUUUCAACAUUCUAACUCUGGUAAAAAUUCAUUUGUGAUGCACGAUCUCAUACAUGAUUUAGCAAUAUUCUAUGGUGGAAAGUUCUUUUCUAGAACCUUUGAACUAAAAAAUGCAGCCAAGCAUGAUGCUUAUCCUCGUCAUCUUUCAUAUAAACUUUGCAUUAGUGAUUCGCUCUCAAAGUUCUUGGAGGCAUGUGAUAAUUUACAACAUGCAAGGACAUUGUUGAAAAUAAAUGUUGGUACCCCCCAUGAUUCCUCAAAUGAAAUUGAUCGUUGUCGCUUACUUGCACAGUUGAAGCACGUAAGGGUUUUGUCAUUUAACUUUCAUCCUUUUGAGCAUAUUUCAUUUUCAUUGCCGGAUUCAAUAGGUGAUUUGAUCCAUUUGCGUUAUUUGGAUCUCUCUGGUACACCUAUCGUGACAUUGCCUGAGUCCAUGAGUAACUUGUAUAAUUUACAAACAUUGAAGUUGAGAGAGUGUGGAAACCUGAAAAAGCUUCCAAGCAAGAUGCAAGAUCUUGUAAAUCUGCGCCAUCUCGAUAUUACAAAGACUAAGUUAGAAGAGAUGCCAAAAGGGAUGAGCAAAUUGAAAGAGUUGCAGAUGUUAAGUUACUAUAUUGUUGGCAAGCAUGAAGAGAAUGGGAUUGGGGAAUUGGGAGAACUUGUAAAUCUUCGAGGGUCAUUUAGUAUUGAGAAAUUAGAGAAUGUGGCUGAUAGCAGUGAAGCUUGGAAGGCAAGGAUGGUUGAUAAGAAAUACAUCACUCAUCUAUAUUUGUGGUGGUCAUCAGGUGAAGAUAGUGAUAUUGUUGAUUCCCAAAUCGAAAAAGAUGUACUUGCCAAAUUAGAACCUCACAAAGACUUGAAGAGGAUAGUCAUCUGGGGUUACAGAGGUACGAUGUUUCCGGAUUGGGUAGGGCAGUCUUUGUACCACAACAUGACUGAGUUGGUGCUGAGUCGAUGCAGGAAUUGUUGGGUGCUUCCUUCACUUGGACAGUUACCCUCUCUGGAGACGCUAGUCAUUAAAGAGCUCGACAAGCUGAAGAAGAUUGGUGGGUCAUUCUAUAAGGGUGAUGGAACUCGUCAGCAUCAGGAGACACCCUUCCGAUCCCUUAAAAUUCUCAUUAUUGAAGAACUUCCUUGCUGGGAGGAAUGGGAGUCAUAUGAAUGUGAUGAUGAUGAUGAUGCACCAUUUCCGAAACUUGAGAAGCUCCGUAUUUCUGACUGUCCUAAGUUAAGAGGAGAUUUGCCCACUUUCCUUCCGUCUUUGAAAUCACUCCACAUUUCAGGAUGCGAGGAGCUUGUUUGUUAUCUGCCAAGAGCUCCCUCUAUCCUCAAUUUAGAAAUAGAUGGCAAACAGGAAGCAAGAAUGCGGGACCAACCACUUUCCAUGUUGGAGAAAGUAGUAAUUAAUGGAGAGCAGCUUGUGGAUUCUCUGUUUGAGGCCAUGACCCACACCCAACCAACCUCUCUCAUAGAGCUAGAGAUCUCAGGGUGCUCAUCAGCCAUAUCAUUUCCAGGGGAUUCUUUGCCUCCUUUAUUGAAACAGUUGCGGAUCAAUAACUGCAAGAAUGUAGAAUUCCCAAUGCAACACCAACAACAUCAGUCACUAAGGAGUCUUGGAAUAGACAACAGCUGUGAUUCGCUUACAUCCUUCACAUUGCCAGCGUUCCCGAAUCUCAAUGAUCUGAGAAUUGAAAGAUGUGAAAAUUUGACAUCUCUGGAGCUGUCACACUCACAGUCCCUCCAAUACUUGGUAAUUGCAGAGUGCCCUAAGCUGGAGAAGAUAAUAAGGCUGCCUGGCUCUUUAAGGGAACUCAGAAUCAGAAAAUGUGGGUUGUUGGAUGAAGGCAUAGAGAGGAAGGACCCCAAUUCCCACCUCCCCGUAAUAUUUGUUGAUGGGAAUAUGAUUGAUAAUUACUCAACAUUUUAAAACAGGUAACUCUUUUGCUAUCUCUCUAUAUCCCAAACCCACUUCAUCUUCUCCAACAUCGUAUUCAUUCUCUCCUAAGUAAUCUUUUUUUUAUUUCCAAAUUUGUAGUCCAUGGGUACUUUAGCUUUUUGAAUUUGUUUUUUCUCCCCAUUGGACUGUUUUACCCCCUUUAUUUGUUUCUUCUUCCUUUUUUCUUCAUGUAUAGGGACAUCUAUUGAUUCUGCUGGGACUUGUGAAUUUACUGCAUUUGGGUGCUGCACCUCCAUUCUUGUAUUCUUAUAACAUGGUAAAACUUGGGCCUGUAUUGUGAUCUGAAAAAGCUUCUACUCAACUCAAGGAAGAAAUGAAGGUUGACUAGUCGAGGCAAAUUUCGUUGUCAUGACUCAUGAUAACAAAAAGGGAACUCUGAGGCAUGCCUUUUGAGUAGAAUUAUAACAGAAAUGAAGGCUUCUUAGUGUAUCAUAACUCAUAAUUCGAUUGGCUCAUUUUAUAUAAGCAUCUUUUCAUCAUUAAACUAUUGCACAACAAAAUAGUGAAGAAGAGUUUGGUUUACAUUCUUUGCAGCUGAAAAUGAAGAGUUUAAGAUUAAAGGAAUUGCUUUUUGGGCUGCCUUGACCACUUUCCUCUUGCUCUUUGCUUAUCCAUAUUCUCCACUUCCAAGUAAAAGCAGAGUUUCAUACUUCUUUUGCUGAUCUUGCCUUGAGGAUUUUCAGCAACUUUUCACCCUUUAACAUCCAUAUUUGUUUUAUUUUCUUCUUCCAUAAUGUGAACGAAUGUAUACAUUAUUGCUUAUUUUCUUCAUAGUAUGAACAUAGAUAAAAUUGCAGAAAUAUACUCUAGGGAUAUAAAAUUCCAGUCACAUAGUGAUGUCUUGCAGUGCUUAAUUAACUAUCAUACUUUAUCAAACGUAUUCCUCAUCAUUUCAUUGCAUGAUGCAUAUAUACUAAUAACACCAUGGUUUCAUUUCA